AUGGUGCUGCUGAGCCCGUCAAUCAGCGCCCUUAGGAAGUUACUGGCUGUAUGUGAGCAGUAUGCGGAGAUGCAUGGCCUCAGGUACAAUACUUCAAAAAGCGAGUUGCUGAUUUUUGAGGCAAAGGGUGCAGUAUUGGCUGCUCAAGUUCCGCCUGUUCGACUUAAUGGCACGCCUCUGAAGCGCGUUACUGAGUUUAAGUACCUGGGGCACUGGGUCACUGCAACUCUUAAGGAUAACGUGGACUUGGAGCGGGAGCGUAGGGCGCUGGCAGUCAGAAGUAAUAUGUUGAUCCGUAGGUUCGCAAACUGUACCAAUAACGUAAAAAUUACGCUCUUCAGGGCAUACUGUCAAUCAUUUUACACGUGCAGCCUAUGGAUCCACUACACUCAAAAGGCUUACAGCGCCCUGCGAGUCCAAUACAACAACGCGUUCAGGAUGUUGUUGGGGCUGCCGCGCCAUUGUAGUGCGUCAGGAAUGUUCGCGGAGACGCAAACGGACGGGUUUCACGCCAUUAUGCGUAAGCGCGUUGUGUCGUUGCUGCGGCGCGUGCGCGGCAGCUCAAACGGCCUCCUGGCCAUUGUUGCGGACAGAGUCGACGGCCCAUUUGUACAGGCAUGGGAGGCUCUUCACGCGACAGCAAGGAGGGAUUAA